AUGGGCUCUACACAGUUUGGCAACUUUCAAGACUUCUGUCGAGAUUCCACUCUACCAAUCUGCAACAUUCUUACCGACAACAAUCAACCCCCAGGCAUCAACUAUGUCACAGCAAAUGCUGGCUGCGUCUUGCGCGGCAUCAACCUCAGCAACAACCGAAACCUGGCCAAUCUAGGGUCCAUAUUGAUCGCCGCCAUUGCUAUCAUCGUCACACUCUUUCUCUUAUGGAGGGCCGAUCGCAAAGCCGCCGCUGUAGGUCGUCGAGAAAUGCAACUCUUCCUGCUCUGUUAUGUGGUGAUCGAAAUCUGUGAAAUAUUCACCGUCGGCGGAUUCCCCCUCGACAGCAACGUGAGGAAAGGCUUUACCGCGGUUCAUAUAGCGACAAUCACGGCAGGCACAUGGAUCCUCUUGAUGAACGCGCUUGUGGGUUAUCAAUUCCUUGAUGACGGUACUCCCUUGUCAAUAGCUUUGAUUGGAGGGACUUCGCUCGCUCUAUUCAUUGGCACGGGUUACGUCGCUCUCGACACCGCAUUCAACUGGACUGGCUAUUGGCAAGAUGAUUCCUAUGGUCCGCUGCACCGGAACAUUGCAUUGUACGUGCUCUAUCAGCUGGCUCCGCUGGUCUUUAUCUUCCUCUACUUCGUCCUGGAAUCGGUCCUUGUACUCCGGGUCCUCGGCGAAAGGACUCCCAUGAAGUAUCUCGGUGCAGCAGCCCUCUUGUUUGCAAUAGGUCAAAUCUUCCAAUACGUCAUCUCGGUGCAUCUAUGCAAUGCAGCUGAUGGCAAGAUCAACGGCGCUCUUUUUGAGACACUGUUUACUCUCUUGAGUGUGGUGGCCAUCUUUGUGUUCUGGUCAUCCAUCACGGAAGAUGACUGGCCGAUUCAAUGA